AUGGCUUCUCGGUCGACUCCGUUCCCCAUUGAAAACAUCCCCUUUGGGGUCAUUUCCACUCGCGAAAAUCCUACUCCCCGCUGUGCGACAGCACUUCACAACGAUGCGGUCGACCUCAGCGCCCUGGAAAAGGAUGGCUUUUUUGACUCUAUAUCGGGUUUUGAUGAAGGAGCGAUAUUUUCGAAGUGCUCUGAAAUUUUUGGUCUACCAGGUUCGCCCAAUUGGCAUGUUAUCCCAAGCGUAUAUAACGGACGUACUUCCAGUCUCAAUGUUUCCACUACCCUGACUCGCCCACAUGGCGUUAUAAAGGAUGAAGCCGGUGGUCUCUCAUUCACACCUACCAAAAAGUUGGACUUUGAGCUUGAAAUGGGAGUUUUCAUCUCUCACCCUCUGAAACCUGGCCAAAUUUUGGAUAUCCAAGCUGUGAAAGAUCACAUAUUCGGGUUUGUGAUUCUGAAUGACUGGUCAGCGCGUGAUAUCCAGGGCUUUGAGAUGGCGCCUCUCGGUCCGUUCCAUAGUAAAGGGUUUAGCACAACCAUCUCACCGUGGAUUAUCACUAUGGAUGCCCUUGAAUCUGUCCAGAGUCCGGUCAUGGUCCACCAGGAUCCAGCUCCCUUGCCGCAUUUAGCAUGGAAAGGUAAUGAGAAUGAGGCAACUUUUGAUAUUGAUCUAAGUGCCCGUAUAAUUAGGGGUGGGAAUACUUACAAUGUCACAUCGACAAACCUGAACGAGCUGUACUGGACCCCGUAUCAACAGGCAACUCACCUUACAAGUGCGGGCGAGGGUCUCAGUACAGGCGAUAUCUUCGGAACGGGAACCAUCUCGAGUGCGCGUACGGACUCAAAUGGGGAGAAGACGGGCUUGGCGUGUCUUGUCGAGCGGUCGCUUCCACGGACUUCGCUGUCUGCUUUGAAAGAGAAUGGAAUCGUAUUCUUUGAAGAUGGCGAUGAGCUCAUAAUGGAGGGAUGGUGUGUCAACAAGACAAAUGGGGUGAGGUUUGGGUUUGGCCAAUGCCGGGGCACUGUCGCCCCAGCCGUGAAAUUGGGUCAUUAA